AGCGCCAAGUAGCCUAUAGUCCAGUCGAGAUACUGGUGAGUGAAGUCUGGACUGAUGUCUGCGUUAUUCUGCCGUCUGCUGAUCUCGUGCAACAUGUAACAGUUUUCUGUUUCUGCUUCAUGAUACAGUUGUAUCCACAGCGACAACAAUAAUUUUGCGCGAACAGUUUAGAAAAUAAGACAACUUUCAUUGCACUUUUUUGGGGGGGCAAUCAAUCUGCGCAUCUUUCCCUGAUCGUUUCAGACAGUCCUGUUCGUGGGUCGUGGCAAGUAUCCGCAUGCGUCGUCCUCAAGCAAGUGAUGCCGUGAGCUGUUCUCUGCUUUUCAAAUAGGCUCUACCUUUUAUAUUUUAUCUGGACAUGUUAUUUCUCUCAAAGGCCCGCGGGAUUUGAAGGUAGGGUGGUCCAGCCCAGGCUCCAGGCUAUGUCUCCCUGGCUGUGGGAGAGCUAUUCCAUGCUGAGCUGAGAGGGACCUGCCUGGCUGGGGAAUACGCGAACAGACAUGGGGCUGGGACAGUCCAACAAGGCUCCUGUCACAGAUGACACAGAGGAGAUUAAUUUCGAUCACUUCCAAAUCCUAAGGGCUAUCGGGAAAGGAAGUUUCGGGAAGGUGUGCAUUGUGCAGAAGAAAGACACAAAGAAAAUGUACGCAAUGAAGUACAUGAACAAACUGAAGUGUGUGGAACGGAACGAGGUCCGCAAUGUCUUCAAGGAGAUGCAGAUCAUGCGGAAUCUCGAGCAUCCCUUCCUUGUCAACUUCUGGUACUCAUUCCAAGAUGAGGAGGACAUGUUCAUGGUAGUGGACCUGUUGCUGGGAGGAGACCUGCGCUAUCACCUCCAGCAGAACGUUCACUUCUCAGAGAACACCGUCAAGCUGUACAUCUGUGAGAUCGCCCUGGCGCUGGGUUAUCUCCGCAGCAAACGCAUCAUCCACAGAGACAUCAAACCUGACAACAUUCUGCUGGACGAACACGGACAUUGUCACCUGACAGACUUCAACAUCGCUGCCAUCGUCAAAGACGACCUAAGAGCCACAUCUAUUGCAGGGACAAAACCCUACAUGGCCCCGGAGCUGUUUCAGCCACACGAGGGGACACACCCUGGCUACUCCUUCUCUGUGGACUGGUGGUCUCUGGGCGUCACUGCCUAUGAGCUGCUGCGAGGACAGAGGCCAUACAUCAUGCGCUCCAGCAUGCCGGCCAAUGAGAUCCUCCAGAUGUUCCACAAGGUCAACCCCAGCUACCCCAUGGCCUGGUCUCUGGAGAUCAAGUCUCUGCUCAGAAAGUUGCUGUGUAUUGACGUACACCAGCGUGUUUCCUGCCUGGCUGAGCUACAGGAUCUGGACCUGCUGUCUGACGUCAACUGGGACGCCGUGCUCAGCAAACAGCUUCCCCCCGGCUUCAUCCCCAACAGGCGGAGGCUCAACUGCGACCCCACCUUUGAGCUGGAGGAGAUGAUUCUGGAGUCUAAACCGCUGCACAAGAAGAAGAAGAGACUAGCCAGGAAGACCAGAGAGCAGGGUACUGACGGAUCCCCCCAGAACGGUCAGCUCAAGCAGCGCCUGGACAAUGUGGAGAGGGACUUCCUCAUCUUCAACAGAGAAAGGUCAAAGAAGGCUGUAGUGGGAACAGAAGCAACAGACCUCACCACGACAGAGAAGAUCAAGGCCAUCGAAGACGGACAGAACAACAACGUGGACCCGGCAGCCUACAUAUCAGGAUAGUGGACUACGGCUUUAGCCCCAAGUCGCUACACGUACCUGGCCGCAACUUGUAGAUCAGCACUACCUAAUCCCCCACUCUUCCUCUGCCCCCGGCCGGUGCAGGCACUCAAAUCGACCUUUAACCAUGACACAUUCCCCAACAGUCGGCCUCUAUGCCCAGACGACUACUUUACAGAGUGUGUGGCACCUGACCUGGAGCAGACAGACAGACAGACAGACCCUGGCUCUUUCCUCUUUUCCUAGCCCAGGGAUGUGGCCUCUCAGUGGGCACCCCUUCUUACACUCUGCCCUACCCUGACCUGGUCUGACCUGGCCUGAGCUGCCCUGACCUGGUCUGACUUGGCCUGAUGCACCAUGAUCCCCUGGAGCUCCCCUCCCUCCACCAAGUCAGCCAGGCCCAGGAAGUGACUUGCCUGCCAACCCAGCAGGAAGCAGAGACAGACAGGAUACAGCCACCAUGCCUGCUUAGCUGAGGCUCAGGCCAGGAAGAAAAUGAAGCCUGAUGUUGACAAAUAGGAGACUACGGUUGCAGUACAUGAAAACAGUGCAGGCUUGCUUUUGGCAGAGAUAGGGGUUGUGAGUUGCCUCACACAAAAUUAAUUAAGAUUAGAGAUGAGAUAUGAGGCCUUUGUUUUAAAGGCACCAACCACAGAUUCCUUUUGGAAGACAAAGAGAACCACUGACUUCAGCAGUUUAUUUAAUGUCUCUGUGAUAACGUUAGGCAUCACUUGUGCCACUCAAGCAAACCAAGAUGACGGGUACUCGACAUGGACAUUUGGAUAUAAAUAUUUAUAGAUAAAUAGAUAUUUAUUGUCUGUUCUGCACAGAAAAUUGCUUUGCACACGCUUCUCCAUUAAUUGUAGAGGUCAAAGUGUAGUGAAUGAAUCUUCAUUCUCUUCUGUUUUAUAUAGGGGUGCCUUAGAACUACUAUAUGGUACAUACUGGGUUUCCCCAUGCAGACAAUUAUAAUCAUAUAUGUAGUCUAAUUUAAGUCACCAUCUUGUUGUUCGAUAUGUGCUUUGGAAAAUACCUUUGCCAUUCUUUUGACCCUUUCUGCAUUACAAUUAAAUAGUAUCCAAGGCUUUACCUGUCCCUGGUUAUCAGAUCUACUAUUGGCACCUUUAUAACAACCAUUAUUGGUACAGAUAUUCAAAUUAUCUUUAGGUUUUCGAGAAAUGUAUGCCAUUCAAGGGCCCAAUGAAAGCAGAGUUGUAAAAUGAGUACUCUAUUUUGUUGUCACUGUGUGGACUACUACCUGUAAAUGUGGUCAAGCAGUGAUUAUAAAAGGUGUGUCUUAAUUUAUUAUUUUUCUUUGAGACCCCAGCCUUAUUAUUUUAUUAAAUACACACAAUGAGCAGUUAUGUAACACCUGGGAAUUCAAAAGAAAAAGUUCACCGGUGUUUUUUGCUAUUGAAAAGUUCACAGUAAUAAAGUGCUUUAGGGGUUACCUAACUAACUGCUCAUUUGUUUCUAUUUAAUAAAUAGCUAGAUAAGAACUGUGGCCUUGUGUGGAUUUAGCAACAGUUGGAGGCAUUGGUUAAAAAGACUGAAAAACAUAGUUGUAAAAGAGAAAAAAGGAUUGUACUCGUUUCCUCCUAUGCAUACUGCCUUGGGUCAUACCACAACACUUCAGGUAGAGGCGGUAUAUAUUUCCCACUCCUCUAUAUGGGGUAUAGUGGUUAUGGUGGGGAGGAAUCCUGUAGUUGUAGAGCUAUCUGGCUCUUCCUAGGGGGGGAAGUCAAGAGCAACCAAUCACACUACUGACAGAGUGGGAAUCAUAAUCUCCUGGAGCACCGGCCUGCCCUGUAGGACCUAGAGAGAGAAUGAGAGACAGAGA